AUGGACCCUUCAUCCUUCGCCAGCGCCGCGGCCAGCCUUCUGGCGCUUGACAUCCAGAUUCUCUCCUCUCUCUACGGCGACUGGGACGAGGGGAGCAGGCCUCUGGUCGACAGGCUCACAUACGAGCUUACGCAGAUCCGAACCGUCCUCCAGGCACUGGAGAUCACGUCGCUAUCAUUUGCGGAGCCGGUCUUUGAUGUUUCUCGCCUGCGGUCAUGCCUGGAAGAUCUGAAGGAGCAUCUCCUGUGGCUGGGCCCCAAGGUCUCGGAGCCAGGCCUCCAGAGACAUGAGUGGCAGUGGCGUACAAUGAACAUGCUGGAGCGAGCUGGACUCAGCAACCUCUCGCUUUCAAAGUCUGAGGGUGCGAAUGAGCUCGUGUACUUGCGGUCGUCUCUGUCCAAGUUAAAGGAUUACAUCGAAAACUCUCCUUUCCAAUCUCCCGAAGCUGCCGUAGAGCGCCAGGCAAGAACCCUAGGCAGCUCUUUAUGGAAUGACUGCAUGGACUAUACCAAAUCGCACGAGGUGGCGCGAGAGACACGCACAGAAGGGACUGGCAGAUGGCUCCUCAGUGACAAGACGUAUCAUAAAUGGUUCGAGAUCGACCGUUCAUCAAACGCAUUGUACUGUACCGGGAGGCCCGGCUCUGGUAAAACGGUUCUGACUUCUCUGGUCGUCGACGAGAUUAGGGAUCUCCAACAGCGUGAACCAUCUUCAAAUAUCGGACUGGCAUACUUCUACUUCAGCUACAAAGUGCCGAGUCCCAUGCGAGGCGUUGUCCUUGCACUCCUCGAGCAACUAUUUCUACAGUCGUUGACUGCCCCUGACGAAGUCCUACAGCUCGAAGCUAGGGCUUCAAAGGGGGAGCAGAUUCCUUUUAGGGAAACCCUUUCGACCCUGUCUGCUGUAUCCAAGCGUUUUCGAAAAUGCUACAUCGUUAUCGACGCCCUCGAUGAAUGCGCCGAUGAUUAUCAGGCCGACUUGAUCGUCCUCCUCAGCUCCAUCCGGGACUCUCGAAGUCGCCUCUUUAUCAUUUCCAGGCCAUUUCGGAGCUACAACAUGUUUGAAAUGUGCCCGCGUAUUAGCGUCACGCCGUCCGCAGAAGAUGUCGAGCUCUAUACGAGGUCACAGCUUGAAAAGAGCCCCCUCAGGGACCACCCCGAGCUCCUCCAGCAGGUCGUUGGGGCAAUCAUCGAAAGCAGCGCUCAGCAUGGCAUGUUCCUCCUCGUCAUGUUACAGGUCCGCGAAGUCCGGGAUAAACAGACCGCAAAGGGCACCGCUGAGUGGCUUGAAUGUUUCCAGAGCCAAGGCGCCUCGGAAGGGAGUCUUUUGAGCGCAUAUCGGAAAGAACUGACCCAAAUUUCGAGCCUCAGUCUUGACUUGGAAGAUCUGGCAGCAUGGACUUUGACGUGGCUCUACUUCGCACAACGGCCCCUAUACGCCCAGGAGCUACUGGAUGUCCUCAGAGCCACGGGACAUGUCCCAGUGUUAAAGCUCAGCGACAGUGAAGCUAUAAGGCUUAUUAUCAAAAGCUGCAUGGGGUUGGUACACAACUCAACUACUAUCACUUUUACGCACUUUUCGGUCAAGGAGUUUUUCGACCACAACAAGAACCAUCCCCUCCUUUAUCCUGAGUCCAUGGUCGCCGAACGUUGCCUGGAGUAUAUUUCUCUCUGUAAGCUCUUCGCACUCAGUAACUCAGAAGAAGUCGAGAAAGCUGUGUCCACGCACCCGUUCUUGCUUUAUGCGGCGAAUCACUGGGGACGCCAUGUUUUCAAUGUUGGACUGGAUCAGCAGACCUUCUUUAAACAUAAGUGCAUCAUCGUCCUCAAUGAGCCACAGACGGUGGCUAUCCUGGGUCAAAUCCUACUAUUACCUCGCCUCGAGAUGCAAACGCUCGAGGGACUCUUUGUCGAGUUCUCAGUGCUCCAUAUGAUAGCAUAUUUUGGCCUCUUCUGGCUUCUCGACUUCCCUUGGGACUGGUCCUCCAUUUUCAAUCAUCUCGAAGACAGCUGGGGAAGGACUCCACUCCAUAUCGCGGCUGGUCAAGGCCAUGCGCUCUGCUUGCAAAAGCUGCUCUCGAUGCAAGAUCUAGUUUCCAAAAGUCGACGAGCAGACGACGAAGGUAGGACGCCAUGGCACUACGCUGCAAUGAGCGGCAACGCCCAGGCUAUCCAGGCGUUAUCGGCGAGAUAUCCUCUUAGCCUCGACCACGAAACACACGAUGUGCAGGGACUUAGUCCACUGCAAUACGCUGCGAUGCAGGGCGAUAGGGAGGCUUUCGAAUAUCUCAUGGAUGCUUACCCGGCUGAAGAGGCAUCCAAGACAUACAUGGACGAGGCAUUGACAGCUGCGUUGCAACAUGGCAGGAUAGACAUUGUUCGAAUGCUCCUCGAUAGCAUCACGCCGCGAUACGAGCAUCUGACAGUAGCUAUCAACUGCAAUUUUGUGCUAGCAGUGAGGCUCCUCCUUGAUUACGUGGACGAUCUCGACAACCCAGCGACAGCGCAAGCAACAGCCUUGCUUGAAGCGGCCCGCACGGGUAACAACACAAUCUUGUCCUUCCUGAUACGCAGUGGAGCAGGAGUAGGAGAGACAGACAGCAAUGGACUUACUGCUCUGGCCCACGCGGUGGAGGUGGGCAACGUCGGAGCCGUGGGCGCUCUGCUCAAGGCCGGCGCGAACCCAGCAACUCCUUACUCUGACGGCACAAGCCUUAUCAUGCACACGGCCUCUCGCAACAUGAUUGACAUCCUGCAGCUCCUCAUAGAGGCUGGGCCGGGCGACGGAGACUUGAAGAAAGCCGCUUUCCUUGCAGCCAAAGAAGGACAUCAAGAUGUUGUCCAGCUCCUCCUCACGUCUGGUGUGUUGCCUAAUGAACGCUCCCGUGACGGACAAACCCUUUCAGAAGUUGCGAGGGAAGCUGGGUUCGAAAACAUCGUAGCACUCCUGCAGGAUACUGGAGCUGAGGCUCUGCCUCGAGUUGUCUACUCCACUGAUAAGGUGCCUCCUCAGGACCAAGAAGCCUCAACACCCAGGGCAGCACCAACGAGCAGCUACCGAGCCCCCAGCGACAGUACUAACCGUGGCUUUGAGAACCCUGCACAAAAAAAGGAAGAGAGCAAAGUGUGUGGCGGAGAAAGUCACUACACGCGUCGAGCCAAAGGCGAGGAUGUCGUGGAAGAACCCAGACAACAAGCCAAAGAACACACCGCCGAGCCUAGUAGUAGACCCACUCCUCUACCGAGGAGAGAAGAUACCGAAACCAUGGAAAAGACGUCGCCCGGCUCCCAGAGGAGGUCUCGGCGUGACGUGCCAACCACCCUACGCAGCACUCCCCAAUCAAAGGGCCCCACAUCCUUCUUUCUUCUAAGCACACCAAUCGAGCCGGAAUACCUUGCUCUGGGCAUGAUUGUGGCGGACCCUCGCAACCCCUUGCAAUUCUACGUCCCAAAACAGAUACAAUCACUCGAGCACCUGACUUCUAAGGCGCAGUACGAAACGGUGCAAUACGACUGGAACGUAACCCAGCUCUCGUCAAAGACGUCCAACGCCACCGUGGCAUCCAUGCUUGAGAUAUCCUUCGCGGCUACUCGAGCGUCCCGAGGGCCCAAAAUGGACAUCCACUCGCCUCGUCUCCUACGACGUCAACUCCGAAAUCAUGACCAUGUGGUCAACACAAUCUGCCAAGGGAAUGAGGGAGAGCUGUUGGACAUGCUCAAGAACUGGAAAGAGGUGUUCGUUGUCGUCGGGCUGCUGAUCGCGACCGACCUGCAGGUAGUGGAUGAACAGGAGGAGAAGGCGGCAGCGGGUGACGGGAUAUCCCUUGGCGUGGGUAUCGACGUAGUUGGUUUAUCUGCUCAGAUCGGAGCAGAGUCGAGCAGGAGCAAAAGCCGCUCCGCACGGUAUUCAGGCGACAGGGUCGUGGCGGUCCAGUACCGGAGCCUCAAGCUCGAGAACCGAUUGUUUAAGAACUUGCUGACAAGGGCAAAAGAGACGCCGUUGACUCUGGGGGCCUAUUUCCAGGGGCGUAUGAAUGAAAGAGUAUUAUAA